AGCGUGAUGACUGUGAGUGUGUUUACGGUGACGUCAAAGAGUGCAGUGCUGCGCUGGAGCAGAUAUGAUGGUGCGCUGUCCUACAGAGUUACAGCUUCUCUCCGCAACUCUCCAGUGCCUCUGGUCUUUGCCAGUUUUGGACAAAACACUGUUCUGGGAUCUGUUAAUUCCCUGAACCCCAACACGGCUUACACCUUUCGUGUGGAGGCACUGGACAGCCUUAUGAAUGGACUGGCAGACGCUAAUGUGGAUGGAUCUACUGCUCCGGAUGUACCCUCCAUCCUGAUGGCCUCCUCCAAAGAGAGUGCCAGUAUCACAGUGGAGUUCACCGAGGUCAGCGGAGCCACUUCAUACAUCCUGCGCGCAGAGACCAGCGACGGCUCUUUCUUCACAGAGAUCCCGGUUUCCAGCUCUCCGGGGACCGUCACCGGCCUGCAGCCAUACACACUCUACAGUCUCAGCGUCAUGUCCGUCAACAGCGCGGGCCGGAGCCAGCCAUCCAUCUCCGUGGAGGCUAAGACAGUCCUCCCUGCACCUCAGCUCCACACCAGCUCUCCCAGUAAUAGCAGCAUCCUGGUGAAGUGGGAUCCGGUGAACAACACUGUGCUCUACAGCCUCAGCAUCAUCAAGGACAGCUCGUACAGCCGCAGUCGCAUCAACACCACCGGCACAGAGCUUCUCUUUCCAGACCUAGAAGCAGGAACUCGGUAUUGCAUUAAAGGGAAUUGCUGGAGUCCUGAAAACAUUGCCGGAGAUGACUUCACCAUUUGCCAGAUCACACGUUCUCCAACUCCUCAGUCAGUUGCUGUAGUGGUGACCAGCACCCCUGAGGCUGGUAUAGUGGUUUCGUGGGAUUCUGCCCAGGGUGCAGAGCAGUAUGUGGCCUGGAGCUCAACCGGACACAACUGCUCCUCUUCCACAAACUCCUGCACCCUGAUUCCUCUGAGCUGUGGAGAGACAAAAUCUGUCACAGUGACCGCAGUCAACCAGGCCGGAAGUAGUAUCCCCUCAUACCCAGUACAGGUCAUUUCAUUCCCUUGUCCCCCACAGCCCAUUUGGGUGGAGGAGGCUGUGCCCGGUAACUGCUCUGUGAAGUGGAGCUCAAUCCCUCAUGCAGACUACUACACCACCUUUAUUAAGAGCGACGACGGCAUCGAGGGGACGUGCAACUCAACCAAUCCAUUCUGUCAGUUUUACUGCAACUGCGGCUACUCAUACAUCAUGAGUGUGUUUGCGCACAACCAUGCUGGAUCAAGUCCUCCAGGGCCGCUCCUCAACCACACGACCUUGCCUUGCUGUCCAGAGCUCACCACGGUGUCUGCAGUUUCUUGGGAGACAUUGAUGAUCGAGUGGUCUCCUGUGCGCGGUGCAGAUCUGUACGAGACGCGUGCUGUAGAUUCAGUGCAGCCGGUUUUGUGUAACGACACAGCUCCCAGAUGUGCCCUUUCCGACCUGGCUUGCAACACCAAUUACAGUGUAGUUGUCAUACCGUGCAAUGACAUAAGCGGCUGCAACCUCACCUGCCGUCCACAAAUGCAUGAAACAGCUCCAUGCAUGCCCGAGAUCACCAGUAUGAGCCAGAGUAACACGUCAGGUGUGUCGAUCACCUGGACUUCAGAUAACACGCUCGCCAAUUAUACCGUCAUUGUGAUUGGCGACGUGGGCGACACACACAUCUGUCAAUCAAAUGGUACUUCCUGUCAGGUGACCGACCUGCCCUGUGGCUCCAUCUAUGAAGUCAGCGCCAUCGCAAAAUCCUCCGCUGGAGAAAGCAUGCCCAGCUACACCGUUCCUCUGGAAACAGCCCCUUGUUGCCCACUCAGUCUCACAGUGAGUCAGGUGACGCAGGCCAUGACCAACGUGAGCUGGUUUCCCGCUAACGGUGCCCAGACCUACAUUGCCUCUCUUUCUUCUCCACGGGGCCAUGCACAGUGUCACACAAUGCAGACUGAAUGUGUGAUGGGAUGCAUCACCUGCGGGACCAACUACACCGUCUCCCUGGAGGCCAUCAGUCGCACUGGACACAAGGCGGAGUGCACUUAUCACGGUUUCUCAGCCAGCGAGUGCUGUCCACUUGGCAUCCGACUCUUCAGAGGAUCCAAUAACACUCUGCGUGUGCGCUGGAGGUCCAUAAAUACCCUCACCAGAUACACUGCAGAAGUCUCCGGAAGCGACAGCACUAAUACCUGCACUCCAGAGCCCGGCAGCAGUACGUGUGUGGUGUCGGAGAUUGUGUGUGGCCAGGUGUACUCGGUGGUCGUCGCUCCGCUGAAUCCAGAUGGAACCAAAGUCCAGUUCUGUACCAGCAGGAUGUAUUCAGUACUCUAUCGAGGGAGAAGAUAAUGAUGGAUCUUCUUGAGCUUCUGGUAAUAUUGGACUUCUGGAUUCAUCAGAAAAUGCCCCCAAACCAAAGAAGUAACCUGAAAACCAGAAGAAAACAAUGAAAUCAUUUACUGUGUGCAUUGGCUUAUGAAGUCAGACAAUACCUGAUUAACUGGACCCAAUCACUGAUGUUUAUAUAUUUAAAUAGCUUUAUGUAUGUUGUCAAUCAUUUCACAUGUUUGUAGAAGUGACACUGAAUGAUUGGAGAUUCACUGAGAGGAAUUUGCAAGUUUUUAGAGUAUGUGAUCAACACACAAUGAAUUCAAUUUACCAAGCGAUGACUAUUUGUUAUUUGAUUGAACUUUCAGGGAUCCCUAAUGUGAUCUCAGGGAUUUAGCUAAAGAUGUAAAUGAUAUUGUGGGUCACAUUAGCGAAUAACAAUACAAUUGGAAUUGCUCAAGUUUCUUAAAAAAUAAUUAAUACAAUGGCAAAUGCACUUCAAAUUGCACUUCAACUUCAAAUUGUGAGGGGAAAACUGAUUUCUGAGCUUGUAAUUCAGACAUUUGUUUUCUUAAUCAACAACAGAUUAUGUAGCAUUUCAAAGAAAUAAGGGUCACAAUUUGUAAAAUGUACAUCAGACUCACAAUUUUGAGAAGAACGCCACCAUUUUGAGAUUGAAAAAUUUAGAGUUUUGUUCUGUAGUAAAACCAAGCGUCCACAAUAACUCCCCCGAUUACAUUGAAAACAGUUAAAGGGCACCUAUUAUGCAAAAAUCCCUUUUAUAAUGGUUGUGGGGCAACAGUGUGUGUAAACAUCCUCUAAUAUUAAUAUUAAUUCUAUUUCUUUAUAAUCAGACUUGAUUAAAUCAGUCUGCAGAAACACUUUGAUUGACAUUCUCCCUUUGUAUGAUGUCAUCAGAGGAGUAAAGCCCCGCCCACUAGUGACCAUCUCUCCCUCAUUAGCAUAGGAUAUUAGUCUUGUUUUUGAAUCUGCCACAAUGCUGACACACACGCAGGCAUUUGUAGCUCCGCCCACUUUUGAAAAGAGCACAAUCUCAUUUGAUUUUAAAGUGACAGUCACCAAAAUGACACAAUUAGGAUCAAAGCCUUAAAGAGUCCGUUUCAGAGAGUUAGAGGGUGUGCUAUUUUGAGCUAAAACUUCACUCUCUUGGCACAUCAGAAAAUAGUUUGACAUCUUGUGAAAAGGGGCAUGAUAGGUUCCCUUUAAUAGUCAUUUUCAUUAUUAUUUUGGGUUAAAUAGUUAUUAUAAAAGGCAAUUUUGUGCACAUCCGGUCAUGUUGUGAAAUAGUAAUGGUCAACUGUCAAGAAUAACUGACAUGAAUUGAAACUAAAGGUGAAUUCCCAGUUUUUAAAACAGGAGAGUUAAUCUGAGAUGAAGUAAUCUGAACUCCCCUACGUUAUAUGCUGUGCCUCUGAGGGAAAUCUAAUUCUUAAUUGAACUUCCCUCGGAUGUUUGUCAAGAACAUUAUUUGACAGUAAAAUUCAUUCCCUGCAUUA